GCGAGACAGACACGGCCAGCUGUUGCACUCUGCCACUUGCGCCAUCAUGGUCGAGACGCGCGUCCGAGCGGCGUCGAGCAGCUCGGCCGACGCGCCCACGGCGGCGCAGCACGAGGCCAAGCGCCGACUUAGCAAGACCGAGAUCGAGUCGCACCAAGAUCGCCCCGAGUCGGACGACUUUGACGAUGAGGCCGAUACCUUUGGCAGCCCGUCGCUCAAGAGCAUCUACUCGGUCGCCGCCACGUCGUCGACACGCCCCACGCGCACGUCUUCCUUUACGGACGUCGAGACGGUCUCGCUCAACUGCUCGGCCUUUGGCAAGUUUCGCGACCAGCGCUUCCAGACGCGACCGGCGUCCAAGAUGGCCAACUUUUUCCGCCGUCGGUCGCUCUCAAAAGCGAGCAGCUCGGUCGCGCAGCCAACGACGUUCACUGAGAACGACAUCCACAUGGCCGGGUACCUCUCGAAGCGCGGGUCAUGGCGCAAGAACUGGAAGCAGCGGUACUUUAUCUUGCGCAUUGACCACCCGAGUUUGUGCUACUGCGACUCGGAGCAAACGCUCGAGCUCGUGGGCCAAGUACCGAUCACCCCCAACACGCGCGUCAUUGACAACUCGAUUGGGUGCCAGAAGGCGCCGUUCUACUUUGAAGUGCACACGCCCCGCCGUGUCCUGUACCUAGGUGCGGGCACCGUGCAGGAGCACCGCAAGUGGAUCCGGUCGAUUCGCGAGACGGUCGAGCUCGUCCGGUCGCGCGAGAUUGGUGAAAACUAUGUGACGCAGUCGUGCGUUGUACGGCCGUCGCCGACGGACACCAACCGCCCGACCGCGUCGUCGAUCGUCUCGUCGUCGCUGCACCGCGCACCCUCGUCGCUCGACGACGACGCGGUGCUCGUCGCUAUGAACAGCAACGACGCGCUCGACGGACGCUACGACCUCCGGAUCGAGCUCAUCGUCGACGAAGAGAACGAGACCGCGGCCUUCUAUGUGCUGCUCGAAGGGCUCGUGGCGGGCGACUGGAAACCGAUUGGGCAAACCGACGUCUUCCGGUGCUCGGACGACGACGCGGUUGACCGCGUGAGCUACCGACACCCGUUCGCAGUGCUCUUUGAGCUCAAAACCGACAAGGUGGCCGAGUUGCGCUUCUCGCUCUUUCGAGCGACGAGCGCGGCCGACGACGUCUCGUUCGGGAAGACCCCAAUCGCGAUGGCGCAGUCGGAGCUCGCGCUGCUGCUGCCGUAUGCCCUCGUGUCGUCUGGCGGCAUUGACUUGGACCUUGUCUCACCCAAGUCGCUGCGGUCGUCGCUGAGCCAGUCCCGUCGCAACCUCCUUUCUCAAGGUCUCUCGUCGCUGCGCGGAUCGGUGCAGCGCUCGAUCGCGGCGGACGACGAGCUGCAAAUGUACCUGCAUGUGACAGCGUACGCGCAAGAGCCGAGCGUCACGGUCGGGCUGCCCCAGACGUCGCACGUCGUCGCGCAUCAAAAGUACGUCGUGCCGACAGCCACGUCGGCAUUUGGCCUCGUGAUCGACGAGACGCUAAGCGUGCCGGACGCGACGUUUGCCGUCCCAACCGCAUUCAUCCAAUACCUGCAGCGGGAGCUGUCGCGGCGCCUUGCGACGCUACCAAGUGACAAGGCCCUCUUGCGUGACGCUUAUGCGUCAAUGACCUCCGACUAUGACGAGCUGCUGACGUUUCUUCGUGGACCGGCCAAGACCCACGGCUUUCGCAAGAGCACGCUCAAGAAGCACCACGAGUGGCAGUGGGUCGCAACGAACCUGCACCUCCAGGCCAUGCACGUCCACAACGGCUUGGAGCGCGUCGGUGUUUACACGACGCUGACCAUGGGGGCGCCGGCUGCCCACAGCCGCGGCUUCACCAACGGCGGUGGCUCCCGGCUCCUUCGAGCGCUCCACGACGGCCUCCGUGACGCCAACGCGACGCAGAAGCGCAAGAUGCGCAGCCACGUCCCGAUCACGAGCUUUGACUUGCUCUCGAUGCCGGCGUCCUUGUGCCCGCCGCCCGAGACCUCGGUGAAGGCCUACUGCCCGCUCACGACCACGUGCAAGGCGUGGGUCGACGUCGAGAUGCGCAUGCACGCCGUAUGCGCGCAGAUCCUCUCGGCGGUCGUCGCCCAUGUUGAAGCGCUCUUGGAGCUUGCGGCCAACGGGUCGGCGUACCACCGUCGUGCGCUCUUGACGGUCGAAGACGUCGGGCUCCUGCUGAAUUUCGAGUCGCUCCUCUCGACGCAUGGCAAUGAAGCUGGGAUGCUCGAGGACUUUCAAGCUGCGUGCAUGUGGCUGGACCGCGUCUCGUUUGUGUUUGAUCCGGCUGUGCAAACCGUAGCGUUUGAGACGGCGGCCAACGGCGACGUCGGCGUCCGUCUCCGCUUGCCGAUGCACUUGUCGUCGGCGCUGCCGCCGCGGCUGCUCGCGGGCCAAGCCUUCCGCGUCAUUGCUGUCCUCUUCACCCAAGGCAUCAACGAAAUGCAGUCGCUCGCGCAUGCGAUGCGGAGUGCGACGACGCAGACGCAAGACGAGAUCAACCACGAGAGCUACCUCCGGCUCAAGCGGCACUACGUGGCGUUCAAGACGGCGGGGCUCGGCGGCGACGUGGCGGCGCUCGAGAGUCUCUGGCGCACGAUCGAGACCAGUGUGCUCCACCCGAUGGCGCACAAGAAGAACGUCGGGCUGCUUGUCGCGACGUCCGAGUUUUGCCGAUCGAUUGGUGGCGGCCGCACCACGUGCUGCAAGAGCGGGAAGGACCGCACCGCCAUGUCGGUGACGCUGGAGCAAGCUCGGAUUCUGACCAACGAGUGGAAGGCGAUCAACGGCCGCCUCGUGUGUGAGACGAUGCGGCUCUGCGGCGUGCGGCGCACCAAUGUCUUUAUGAACAUUCAGUCGGAAAAGUUUGCGUUCAACGAGCUCCAGCGCAAACUGCUCCCCGAUUGCUACAAACCGCCCAUGGGCACGUACAAGUCGGGGCGCACCUAGUCGUGUCCGUCGACACGCCGACGACGCUUCCACCUCGUUUUGCUCCUAUUAAUCGUCCAACGUGUCAGUCUCUCCGUGCUUUGGU